UUAAUGGCCGAAAAGUUGGACGACUCCGCUCUGUUUGAAGCAGACAAUGAAAUUGAGCGGGAAUUGGCGCAGAUGACUACAGAAGAAAUUUUGGGCCGGACUCGACUCAUCGACACAGAAAUCAAAAUAAUGAAAAGUGAAGUCAUGCGACUGAAUCAUGAAAUAUCCGCCCAAAAAGACAAAAUUGCUGAGAAUAACGAUAAAGUUAAAAUCAAUAAAACUCUUCCCUAUUUGGUCGCUACAGUCAUAGAAAUUCUUGACGUCGAUCCUGCUGAAGAUGGCGACACAGAAGGAGGAAAUGUCGAUCUAGACGGCCAGAAAGCGGGGAAGUGUGCAGUUAUCAAAACCAGUACCAGACAAACCUACUUUCUACCUGUAAUAGGUCUCGUUGAGCCUGAAGACCUGAAACCCGGUGAGCUGGUGGGUGUAAACAAGGACUCUUACCUGAUCUUGGAGAAGUUGCCCCCAGAAUAUGAUUCAAGAGUGAAAGCUAUGGAGAUUGACGAGAGGCCCACUGAACAGUACAAUGAUAUCGGGGGUCUGGACAAACAGAUUGAGGAACUGGUGGAGGCCGUUGUGUUACCCAUAACGCAUAAAGAUCGAUUUGAGAAGAUUGGAAUCAAACCACCCAAAGGCGUUUUGAUGUACGGUCCUCCGGGAACAGGAAAAACUCUUCUGGCCAGAGCAUGUGCAGCCCAAACUAACUCAACAUUCCUGAAACUUGCAGGACCACAACUCGUACAAAUGUUUAUCGGAGACGGAGCAAAAAUGGUACGGGAUGCGUUUGCUCUUGCCAAAGAAAAAGCUCCUGCUAUUAUCUUCAUCGAUGAGUUGGACGCUAUUGGAACGAAACGGUUUGACAGCGAAAAAGCCGGUGACCGAGAGGUUCAAAGAACAAUGUUGGAACUUUUGAACCAAUUAGACGGAUUCAGCUCUACAGAAGAUAUCAAAGUAAUAGCGGCCACAAAUCGCGUGGACAUUCUCGAUCCUGCUCUCCUCAGAUCAGGUCGACUCGAUCGAAAAAUCGAGUUUCCGCACCCGAAUGAAGAGUCCAGAGCUCGUAUUAUGCAGAUUCAUAGUCGCAAAAUGAACCUCGGCGAUGAUGUGAAUUUCACGGAGCUGGCUCGAUGUACCGAUGACUUUAAUGGAGCUCAAUGCAAAGCUGUGUGUAUCGAAGCAGGAAUGAUAGCGUUAAGAAGAGGGGCGAGUAGUUUGUGCCAUGAAGAUUACAUGGAUGGCAUACUGGAAGUGCAAUCCAAAAAGAAAACGAACCUGAACUAUUAUGCCUAAGUUGUAAAUGAACCAACCUGUGAUGAACUGUUGUUAUGAUGAUAUGAAAAAUAAAGAAGUUGAAGUGGUUUUAAUUAGCAUAUUUGUCGAAUAAAUUGUUAUUGCUGUC